GCUUGUUAAGCAUCGUGGACAAACUACACAGUGAGCAGAAGAACGCUCACCUUCCUUCGAGUGAGAAGAAGUUCUAUGUUCUCGUAGGCUGAAGUCUAAAUCUAGGGUUUUAAGGAACCGCAUGGAACAGAGCGAUUGGGAGUACGCUGUGCGAGAGUUUUGAUCGGAUCACGACGAGAUCUGACAACAGGAAUUUCAUGUGCAGGGCAGUUGUGGGACUUGGUAAUCAUGGCAAUGGCUGGGUUGCAACGGCAGGUGUCAACUAUCGUGCAUAGGAUUUUGUCUCCGUUGUCAUCUAGAGCUCAUCACAGUCUCUCUAAAAUUCCUCAGCACCAUUCGUGUAUGGAGAUUUCGGCUCCUAGAAUUGUGUCGCAACCCGAAACUGCGUUGGAAGUACCCCGGGUGGAUAAUUUUGGUGACUGCAAUGCAAUAAUUCGAAAUCCGUUCUUGGAUUUAUUAGCUGUCCCUAAACGGAAGGUUACUCCAUCACGGAAAGGAAAAAGAAACGGACCGAAGGCAUACAAACCCAUUACAGUAAUUGCUAAAUGCAAGGUUUGCGGCCGUGUCAAACUUCCUCAUUUAUAUUGCUGCAGUGGAGAAAUCAAGUCAUAGGAUAGUAAGGACGUGAGGCAUACGUGUGCAAUUUUGAUUUGUAAAGUUUUCAGAGGUAAAGUCCUGAUGGGUAAGACUGCUGAAGAAAAGGUAGCAGGCGAUAAGCACUUGCGUGACCGACUUCUCACGAGAAGCUACUUACAGUUGUGUAAUUCUCAGUUGUUUACGAUAAUGUUUUAUCUUCAGUGGAUUCCCUUUCCGAGGUUCGGCUAAUAAUUGAAUUUGAAUUCUCCCAAGUCAUCUUACAUAUGCAGCAAUGUAGUUACAGUGAAUUGCAGUUGUCAAAUGGCUCAUCAAUCAGUUGAUCCGGUUGCUUUACUUACACUUCAUUAUAUUC